AGGCUAUCUGUCGACGAUAUUCCCAUCGUCGCUGUGAUAAAUGCGAUGGGAUGGGACGAUGCCUGAUUCCUCUUUCAUUCUCUUCUUCUUCCCUCUCUUCAUCACUUUCAACUCUUUCCCAUACCAAGAUUUCUUCAAUCCCCAAUUGGUUCCCACUAAUCGUUCCCCAUUUCAUCAUAAAUUAGCUACAGAUUUCUUCAUCUUUUCCAACCACUCUGCCUUUUUCUCUCGUUUUUGUGAGCUUCUGAACUGGUCUGGUGGUGGGGCUUGGCUGCUUCCUUCCGGCUAUGGCGAUUCCAGCGGCCCUGGUGAUCUUGCCAUUGGGCGUCCUCUUCUUCUUCUCUGGCCUCGUCGUUAAUGUCAUUCAGGCAGUAUGCUUUGUCCUUGUAAGGCCGUUAACAAAGAAUGGGUACAGAAGGAUUAAUAGAUUUGUGGCAGAGCUGUUAUGGUUGGAGCUUAUUUGGCUAGUUGAUUGGUGGGCAGGUGUUAAGAUCAAAUUGUACACAGAUCCUGAAACCCUUAAAUUAAUGGGUAACGAGCAUGCACUUGUUGUCUCUAAUCACAGAAGUGAUAUUGAUUGGCUUGUUGGAUGGAUUGUGGGUCAGAGAUGUGGAUGUCUUGGCAGCACGUUAGCUGUGAUGAAGAAGUCAUCAAAGUUUCUGCCAGUUUUAGGCUGGUCAAUGUGGUUUUCUGAGUAUCUUUUUCUCGAAAGAAGCUGGGCCAAGGAUGAAAUCACUUUAAAGUCAGGUCUUUUACGGUUGAAGGACUUCCCUUUGCCUUUUUGGUUGGCACUUUUUGUAGAAGGGACUCGAUUUACAGAGACGAAACUUUUAGCAGCUAGAGAGUAUGCAGCCGCAAAUGGAUUACCUUCUCCUAGAAAUGUUUUGAUUCCACGCACAAAGGGUUUUGUGUCAGCUGUAGGUCAUAUGCGGUCAUUUGUUCCAGCAAUUUAUGAUGUAACAGUAGCUAUUCCCAAGAGCUCACCUCCCCCUACAAUGCUAAGACUCUUCAAGGGGCAGCCUUCUGUGGUAAAUGUGCACCUUAAGCGACAUCCAAUGAAGGAUUUGCCUGAGACAGACGAAGCCCUUGCUCAGUGGUGUAGAGAUAUGUUUGUGGCAAAGGAUGCACUGAUGGAUAAACAUGUAGAAAACGAUACCUUUAACGCUGAAGAAUUACAGGAUCUUGGUCGGCCCAUCAAGUCUCUCGUGGUGACUAUUUCAUGGAUAUGUCUGCUUAUCUUGGGGUCCCUCAAGUUUCUUCAAGGCUCUUCCUUUUUAUCCUCAUGGAAAGGUCUUACAUUCUCAGCAUCGGGCCUCGCCAUUGUUACAGUCCUCAUGCAGAUCCUUAUACGUUUCUCCCAGGCGGAGCGGUCCGCCCCCGCUAAGGUAGUCCCGGCCAAGCCUAACGACCCAAGACGACAGCCAAAACAGAACUAGAAUCUAGACAGACUCACUGUUGCCUAAAACCUUGUUAUAUUUUCUUUUUUACACGAUUGCUUAUUUAUCUGCAGUCGUAGUUUUGUGAACUUAUACAUGUGUUGGGUCUCUGUAUUGUAUGUGAACUCAUUUUCCUUCUCAAAUCAAACCUCCUCUCCGUAGCAUCUUGUAUUUUGCAAAUUACCAAGUUCGAAUUCCAAUUUUCUCUCUUUUUUGAAUCACAAAUGUAGUCUAAUUUUGAUAGUUA